CGCAUGUUUGGUGACGUUUUACAACUGACUCGAAAGGUCUCCGAUGCUGAGGCCUAGCUACCGAGUUUUGUUCCUCGGACUAUUUUUUUUUUAACCUGUUUAUUUAUUUAAACCCGUUUUGAGCGGGUCUUUUCCUUAUGACGGUUUUUUUGCCAGAGAAAAGCAGCGGGGUUUUCGGCGCAGUUGCUUGGCUUGAAAGUAAAUAAAAUCUGAAUCCAGUAUCCGGAGUGAGGAAACAAGGCUGGGAAAGAUGACAUCUCGGAGGUGGUUUCACCCCAACAUCACCGGUGUGGAGGCUGAGAACCUUCUGCUGACCCGUGGCGUGGACGGAAGCUUUCUGGCCCGACCGAGCAAAAGCAACCCGGGAGAUUUCACCCUCUCUGUCAGGCGAAAUGGAGCAGUCACCCACAUUAAAAUCCAGAACACGGGGGACUACUACGACCUGUACGGAGGAGAGAAAUUUGCCACGUUGGCUGAGCUGGUGCAGUUUUACAUGGAGCAUCAUGGGCAGCUAAAGGAGAAGAAUGGUGAUGUGAUCGAGCUGAAGUACCCGCUCAACUGUGCUGACCCGACGUCAGAGAGGUGGUUUCAUGGUCACCUUUCGGGCCGUGAAGCCGAGAAGCUGCUGACAGAGAAGGGCAAGAACGGCAGCUUCCUGGUCCGAGAGAGCCAGAGUCAUCCUGGGGACUUUGUGCUUUCUGUACGAACUGGUGAUGACAAAACAGACAGCACCGACAGCAAACCCAAAGUCACUCAUGUCAUGAUUCGUUGCAAGCCUGAUAUGAAGUAUGAUGUUGGUGGAGGGGAGAAGUUUGACUCCCUGACAGACCUGGUGGAACACUACAAGAAAAACCCCAUGGUGGAAACACUGGGCACUGUGCUUCAGCUCAAACAGCCUCUCAACACGACACGCAUUAACGCAGCUGAGAUCGAGAGCAGAGUGCGGGAGCUCAGCAAGCCGGCUGAGGCCACUGAUAAGGUCAAACAGGGCUUCUGGGAAGAGUUCGAGACACUUCAACAGCAGGAGUGCAAGCUGCUGUACAGUCGCAAAGAGGGCCAGCGCGCUGAGAACAAGAACAAGAACAGAUACAAAAACAUUCUUCCAUUCGACCACACGCGAGUCACCCUCAACGACGGCGACACAAAUGAGCCGGGCUCCGAUUACAUCAACGCUAACACUAUCACGCCAGAGAUGGAGUCGAAGAGCAACAACACCAGAUUAAAGAAAAGCUACAUCGCCACACAGGGCUGCCUGCAGAACACAAUAAGUGACUUCUGGCGGAUGGUGUUUCAGGAAAACUCUCGAGUUAUUGUUAUGACGACUAAAGAGGUCGAGAGGAGCAAGAGUAAGUGUGUGAAGUACUGGCCAGAUGUUUCGGCGCUAAAGGAAUACGGUGCCAUGCGCGUGCGCAACGUCAAAGAGACAUCAGCCCAUGAUUACAUCCUGCGAGAGCUGAAGCUUUCGAAAGUCGGACAGGGAAACACAGAGCGCACUGUAUGGCAGUACCACUUCCGUGCCUGGCCUGAUCAUGGCGUGCCCACUGAUCCCGGUGGUGUGCUGGACUUCCUGGAGGAGGUCAAACUGAAGCAAGAGGGCAUUCUAGAGGCUGGGCCCAUUGUGGUGCACUGCAGUGCCGGGAUUGGACGCACUGGGACCUUUAUUGUGAUUGACAUCUUAAUAGACAUCAUCAGAGAGAAAGGAGUGGACUGUGAUAUUGACGUGCCCAAGACGAUCCAGAUGGUGCGGUCACAGCGCUCAGGAAUGGUGCAGACCGAAGCCCAGUACCGCUUCAUCUACAUGGCAGUUCAGCACUACAUAGAGACCCUGCAGCGCCGCAUAGAGGAGGAGCAGAAAAGCAAAAUCAAAGGACGAGAGUACACCAACAUUAAGUACUCGCUGAAUGAUCUGAGCGGAGGGGACCAGAGCCCGCUUCCUCCCUGCACUCCUACGCCAACCUGUGCUGAUAUGCGGGAGGACAGCUCCAGAGUGUAUGAGAAUGUGGGACUGAUGCAGCAGCAGAAGAGUCACAGAUGAGACUCUGACCACAGGACUGUCCAACUCACAGCAACCAUUUUUCCUUAUCGCCAGCCGCACCUGAAUGCCUGAAAUGUGAUCAUCGCUACACGGAAAGAUGAAAAUAAAAAUGUAUGAAAAGGAGUUUAAAAAAAAAAAAGAAGAAAAAAAAGAAAACGGAGACCAGUCUGUGAGGGAGAGAUGUGGAUGGAGUAAAAUUCAUUUCUUCUCCCUGCAAAGCAGCCUUUUUUUCCACCCCUCCCCCACGCUAAGAAACCACUGUGAACAUCAUGAAGCCUUACUCGUGACGAUGGAGA